CUGACUGGACGUGUCUGCAGCUGCUGAGGCCGAGGCGGGCGGGAGUCACAAUAACGCCGUCCCUGCGGCGGAGGAGGCGGCCGAAGCCCCGUUGCUUCCCUCCCGUAGCGGCCGGAGGGUCGCGGCCUCCCCCUCCCGGGCUCCCUCUGAGAAGGCGAAGCGAGCGGGGCCGAGAAGGGCGCAGGGAGCAGGCCGCAGCCCCGCGCGGGGCCCCGGCCCAGGUCCAGAGAACGCCCCCUCAGCCUCCCUCUCCGGCCUUCGGAGCCCAGUCCCGCCUCGCGCGCCCGCUCUCGGGACGGGCCUCCGCCAGCCUCCGCGGGUCCCUCUUUCCUCGGUGCGUGUACCCUGGAACCACUUUCUCACACCCCCCCCUUUUUGCUAUCAGUUUUGCUAUUUAGUCUGGAGAUAAAAGCUAUAUCAAAUGGACAGUAUGUCAAUAACUAACACGCCAACAAGUAACGAUGCUUGUUUGAGCAUUGUUCACAGUCUGAUGUGCCAUCGACAAGGAGGGGAGAGUGAAACGUUUGCGAAACGAGCAAUCGAAAGCUUAGUGAAAAAGCUGAAGGAGAAAAAAGAUGAAUUGGAUUCUUUGAUCACAGCUAUAACAACUAAUGGAUCUCAUCCUAGCAAAUGUGUUACAAUUCAGAGAACAUUGGAUGGAAGGCUUCAGGUGGCUGGUCGUAAAGGUUUCCCUCAUGUAAUUUACGCUCGGCUAUGGCGGUGGCCCGAUCUCCACAAAAACGAACUCAAGCAUGUCAAAUAUUGCCAGUACGCUUUUGACUUGAAAUGCGACAGUGUCUGUGUAAAUCCAUAUCAUUAUGAACGUGUUGUGUCGCCUGGCAUUGAUCUUUCAGGAUUGACACUGCAGAGUUCUGCGCCCUCCAGUAUGUUGGUGAAAGAUGAAUACGUUCAUGAGUUUGAGGGGCAGCCAUCGCUAUCAGCUGCUGAAGGCCAUUCGGUUCAAACUAUCCAGCAUCCCCCAAGUAACAGGGCAUCCACAGAAACUUACAGCACCCCAGCCAUGUUGGCUCCUUCGGAGUCUAGCACGCCCAGUGCUACCAACUUCCCCAACAUUCCUGUCGCUUCCACAAGUCAGCCCACCAGUAUGUUGCCAGGUAGCCACAGUGAUGGGCUUCUACAGAUCGCUUCGGGCCCCCAGCCAGGAACACAACAGAAUGGCUUUGCAGCUCAGCCAGCCACUUACCAUCACAAUACCACAGCCACUUGGACUGGGAGUCGCACUGCAGCCUACACACCCACCAUCCCUCAUCAUCAGAAUGGACAUCUUCAGCAUCAUCCACCUAUGCCCCAUCCUGGACAUUACUGGCCAGUUCAUAACGAACUUGCAUUCCAGCCUCCUAUAUCCAAUCACCCUGCUCCGGAAUACUGGUGUUCGAUUGCCUACUUUGAGAUGGACGUGCAAGUUGGCGAAACGUUCAAAGUCCCUUCGAGCUGCCCGAUUGUUACUGUUGAUGGAUACGUGGACCCUUCAGGGGGGGACCGUUUUUGCCUCGGUCAGCUCUCCAACGUUCACAGGACGGAAGCCAUUGAGAGGGCAAGGUUGCAUAUAGGUAAAGGUGUGCAGUUGGAAUGCAAAGGUGAAGGUGAUGUCUGGGUUCGGUGCCUCAGCGAUCACGCAGUCUUUGUGCAGAGUUACUACUUGGAUCGAGAAGCAGGACGCGCCCCGGGAGAUGCAGUUCACAAAAUUUAUCCAAGUGCAUACAUUAAGGUGUUUGAUUUACGCCAGUGUCAUCGCCAGAUGCAGCAGCAGGCGGCCACAGCACAGGCGGCUGCAGCGGCUCAGGCGGCUGCAGUUGCCGGAAACAUCCCUGGGCCAGGAUCAGUAGGGGGAAUCGCUCCUGCCAUUAGUUUGUCGGCUGCUGCUGGGAUCGGUGUGGAUGACCUUCGCCGUUUGUGCAUACUCCGGAUGAGCUUCGUCAAGGGGUGGGGUCCCGAUUAUCCGAGGCAGAGCAUUAAAGAGACGCCGUGCUGGAUCGAAAUCCACCUGCACCGCGCCCUUCAGCUCCUCGAUGAAGUCCUUCAUACCAUGCCUAUCGCAGAUCCACAGCCUCUGGACUGAGGCCUGGCUGCGGCGAACCAGCGUUAGUGGAGGAUGGUGGAUUGUAAAAUACGAUUUCGUUUAUAACCGGAAGGUAUAUUUCACUUCCGUUCUGCUUAAUCUCUUAACCAGGUUUUAAAGAGAAAGAUGUCUUUGCCACCUUGCACUUAGCAGAAAGAGUCUGAACCUGCAGUCAUUUGAACCAGUUCACUCCUUUACAGUGUACUUGAGGGGAGGCUGUGGGGGGGUGGGGGGGUCACUUGUAUGGCUGUCCCUGCAGUGUCCCCAUCGAUGGACUUCGCCAGAAUUCUUGCUGAGGCCUGGUGUUGAGUUCAACGAUCCUUAGGCAUGCGGGGGAAGGCUGAAGACAGAUGACCACUUGCACAGUUUCAGCCUGCCUCUCAUUGAGUCCACCUCCCAUGAGCAAAAUCAUGUUGAUUAUUCUAAAGGGAUGGCGUAGCGCAGAGGCGCAAGUCUCGUGGGAGACUCUUCUAUGUAAAAUAUUUAUGGAAGCAUACUCGUUUUUUAAAAAAAAAUACACUAAAAGGAAUGGGCUUCAAAGCUGGUACUCAAUUUAAAUGCAACAUGUAAUAAUUCAAAAGAGGCUUGCCCAUAAAUUACCUAACGAAUGUUUAAUAACAGAAGUGUCUUUUUGUCACUAUUCCCAGCUGGUUUUCAGUACAGCGAAGAGCAGUCGAGAUAGCAUGAAUGUGUGUGUGUGUAUGUGCGUGCGCAUUACUGAACAUGGAGUGCCAUCUUAAGUCCUGGAAAUCAUGCUUACAGUUGUAUCACUGAGAAUCCAGAUUUCCUAUCUGUUCAGUAUUUCUACUCAGGGCAAGAUGGCAAAUUUGUUUUUUAUACCUCGUGGUUAUUUUAAGCUCUUACGCCAUCAAUGGUCUUAUAAAUUUGCAUUUUGACUUUGUAUAGAGAAUUUCAAGUAGAAGUUGCAAAUGUAUUGGCUGUACGAGAGGCGCAAUAUUAUGCUUUCUCUAGUUAAUAAAAACUACCAGUAAAAUUCU